AUGGCGGACAACCAGGUUCACCUUCACCAACUUCACCAUUCGCUUAUGGAGCUACGUCGCCAGCUUAUGGUGGUGCCUCUCCUGGCUAUGGUGUCACGUCGCCAACCUAUUCACCAACGUCGCCAAGUUACAGUCCUACCUCUCCAAGUUACAGUCCUACCUCCCCAAGCUACAGUCCAACUUCGCCAAGUUACAGUCCCACGUCGCCAAGUUAUUCACCAACUUCGCCAAGUUACUCCCCAACUUCUCCAAGUUAUUCACCAACUUCUCCAAGCUACUCACCUACUUCGCCAAGUUACAGUCCAACUUCACCAAGUUACAGUCCUACUUCGCCAAGUUACAGUCCUACUUCGCCAAGUUACUCACCAACCUCACCAUCCUACUCACCUACUUUCGCCAAGUUACAGCCCAACUUCUCCAAGCUACUCGCCAACUUCACCAAGUUACUCACCAACCUCACCACUGUACUCGCCUACCUCGCCAAGUUACAGUCCUACAUCUCCAUCCUACUCACCAACUUCGCCAAGUUACUCGCCAAACGUCGCCCAGUUACUCACCAACUUCCCCACAGUACUCACCUACUUCCCCAGCCUACUCACCCACGUCACCCCAGUACUCACCAAACUCACCACAAUACUCGCCUCGUUCGCCGCUGUAUUCCCCAGACCAGAAUGA